AUGCUCUGCAACCAUGCACGCCUGCACCUAUGCAACCAUGCACGCCUGCACCCAUGCAACCAUGCACGCCUGCACCCAUGCAACCAUGCACGCCUGCACCCAUGCAACCAUGCACGCCUGCACCCAUGCAACCAUGCACGCCUGCACCCAUGCAACCAUGCACGCCUGCACCCAUGCAACCAUGCACGCCUGCACCCAUGCAACCAUGCACGCCUGCACCCAUGCAACCAUGCACGCCUGCACCCAUGCAACCAUGCACGCCUGCACCCAUGCAACCAUGCACGCCUGCACCCAUGCAACCAUGCACGCCUGCACCCAUGCAACCAUGCACGCCUGCACCCAUGCAACCAUGCACGCCUGCACCCAUGCAACCAUGCACGCCUGCACCCAUGCAACCAUGCACGCCUGCACCCAUGCAACCAUGCACGCCUGCACCCAUGCAACCAUGCACGCCUGCACCCAUGCAACCAUGCACGCCUGCACCCAUGCAACCAUGCACGCCUGCACCCAUGCAACCAUGCACGCCUGCACCCAUGCAACCAUGCACGCCUGCACCCAUGCAACCAUGCACGCCUGCACCCAUGCAACCAUGCACGCCUGCACCCAUGCAACCAUGCACGCCUGCACCCAUGCAACCAUGCACGCCUGCACCCAUGCAACCAUGCACGCCUGCACCCAUGCAACCAUGCACGCCUGCACCCAUGCAACCAUGCACGCCUGCACCCAUGCAACCAUGCGCGCCUGCACCCAUGCAACCAUGCACGCCUGCACCCAUGCAACCAUGCACGCCUGCACUCAUGCAACCAUGCACGCCUGCACCCAUGCAACCAUGCGCGCCUGCACCCAUGCAACCAUGCACGCCUGCACCCAUGCAACCAUGCACGCCUGCACCCAUGCAACCAUGCACGCCUGCACCCAUGCAUGCCCUUGCCAUGUCUGCGCCUCCAUGAAUUCCCUCCCUCUGCCCUCCCUCUGCCCUCCCUCUGCCCUCCCUCUGCCCUCCCUCUGCCCUCCCUCUGCCCUCGCUCUGCCCUCCCUCUGCCCUCCCUUUACCCUCCCUUUCCCCUCUCUGCCCUCUCGCUGCAGGACGCAUUGAGUCUGACCGCCAUGGACACCUCACAGCAACCUGAGUGGGCAGCGGCAGUGGCUGCCGCCUGCUCUGCUCUCUCUACCGCUGCUGCUUCCCUGCCGCCUCUGGUGGAAGGACAGGAGGGGGCGCAGGGAGGAGGGGGUGAAGGGGAGGCGAGCAGAGGAAGAGAAGGAGGUGCAAUCAGGUCACUUCUUCCAGACACAGCCACACUGCAGCGGUGGGCAGCGCUGAUGGGAAACAACGUGCAUGGCAUGGGCGCACACGGCCCUCUCAACACCGACACGGCUCUCGGCCUCUUCCCCUUCGUUUCCAUGCUCAACCACUCCUGCCGCCCUAACUGCUGCUUUGCCUCACAGGGCAACACCAUGGUGGUGAGGGCUACGACCCACAUCGACAAGGGCACAGAGCUGUGUGUGUCCUACAUCAACCUGUACGAGAGCAGGGAGAGCCGGCAGCAGCAGCUGCUGGAGUCCAAGCACUUCAUCUGUGCGUGCGACCGGUGCUCCGAGCCCCUCGCUCUCUCCUCCGACCGCCUCCUAGAGGGGGUUCUUUGUCGCAGCAGCGGCUGCACAGGCACUCUCUAUCGCACCUCUCCCCGCCGCUUCCACCCCUCCUCUGCCUCCCCCGCACCUGUCGCCUCCCCCUCUGCCCCGCCACUGUCUGCGAACGAGGGAAGAUUGACGCGGGCGGCCGUGCAGCAGUGCAUGGCGCUGUAUGAGAGUCCGCACCGUGACUCCAAGGCGUGCCUGGCUGCCCUCUCCUCCUUCCAGUCCACAUUCUCCAAAACACUGCACCCGCGCCACGUGCUGCUAUUCGACAGUCUGACCCCAUCGCUGAACUGCGCCCGAGCCCUCUCGGACUACACACAGGCCAUGCGCCACGCACUGGCCCUCGUGGAUGGGCUCUCUGCCAUGGCGCCCUCUGCUGUGCUCGAAGCUGCCAACUUCGCCCAUGCUGCCAGUGAACUCGCUGCACUGCGUGCUGCAUCCGCUGCUCCUGCCCUUGAGCACCGACUCACCAAACAGAGUGAGGAGUGGGCGAGCAAGACAAGGGAGCUGCGCAUUGUUGGGCUGGGAGUCGACAAUGUCGCCUGA